AUGAUUGGACUGAUAAAAACGGAAGAGGAUGAGAAAAAUCGAAAUAGAGGCUAUAAGUUACAUGCCUUCAAUAUACUAAUAAGUGAAAGACUUGGUUACCACCGAAAAAUUCCCGACACUCGUAAUCCAGAAUGCAGGAUGAAAUCUUAUCAACCAGUUUUACCAAGCGCCAGUGUUAUUAUCUGUUUUUAUAAUGAGCACCGCACCACCUUACUUCGAUCCAUGCACAGUGUGAUUGAUCGCACUCCUGUGGAAACCCUUCAUGAAAUCAUUUUGGUUGAUGAUUUCAGUUCAUUAAGUGAACUUGAAGACCUUGAAAAUUACCUAAUAUUACAUAAUAUAUACAUUGCAAAGCUGUACAGAACAAAAACGCGAGAAGGUUUGAUUCGUGCACGAAUGUUUGGUGCUUCCAAGGCCACUGGUGAUGUAUUGGUCUUUUUGGACAGUCAUGUAGAAGUAAAUGUGAAAUGGUUGCAGCCCUUACUGAAUCGGAUUGCUGAAGAUCGAAAAAUUGUUACGAUUCCCAUUAUAGAUACAAUAAGUCCAGAUACCUUUUUGUAUGAAGGAUCACCUCUUGUACGUGGAGGAUUUAGUUGGGGUCUGCAUUAUCGAUGGGAUCCUUUACCUGCCAAAUACCGUGACAAUCCUGAAUCUCUGUCAAAUCCUAUUGAGACCCCAACAAUGGCUGGUGGUUUAUUUGCUAUUGACAGAAAUUACUUUAAUGAAAUGGGCAAAUAUGAUCCCGGUAUGGAUCUUUGGGGAGGAGAAAAUCUGGAAAUAUCCUUUCGGAUUUGGAUGUGUGGAGGACGUCUUGAAAUAAUUCCCUGUUCCCAUGUUGGCCAUGUUUUCCGAAAGAGGCGUCCAUAUACUUCACCAAAUGGAGAGAACACAAUGAUGAAGAAUUCGCUUCGGGUGGCCUAUGUCUGGAUGGAUCAGUAUCGGGAACAUUUUUUCCGGAUGAUACCAAAUGCUCGUCUGAACACAAAUUAUGGAGAUCUUUCUGAGAGAAAAGCUUUAAGGAAACGUCUUCACUGUACAAGUUUUAAAUGGUAUUUGGAUAACAUUUAUCCUGAACAGGUUUUGCCUGAUGUGAAUGGAAAUAUUCCAGCAAUGGCUUAUGAUAGAAAAACCUGGAUGAAGCAUAAAAGUGUGCUCAAGAGAACUGGCAAGAUUAUGCACAUUAAAUCUGGAAUGUGUAUAGAAUCAAUUGGAGCUGCUUACGAGAAACGCUCAAAACUGAGACUAAAUGAUUGUGUUCCAAGUUCUGACUAUAAAAAACAGAUGUGGUCAGAAACAAAUGAACACGAAUUAAAACUUGCUCAAACUCUUUGUCUAGAAGUAAAUGACUUUAGUCGAGAUAAAAUCAUCCCAAAACUGAUGAAGUGUCAUGGAGGAAAGGGGACGCAAGAAUGGCAUUGGACCUCUGAGGAUGGCCCGUCAUUGCUCUACAACACUGCAAGUGGAAAAUGCUUGAGUGUCAGUUUGGACAAAUCUAUGCUUUAUUUGGAACUUGAUAUUUGUGACAAAUCUAAUCCAUACAUGAAGUUUUACUUCCAAAAUAGAAGUAAAUAA